UGAGUUUGAAAGAAGCGGGCGAAAAUCUAUUGCCAAUGGAGCAGGUGCGAACGGUAGUGAUUGGAUGUAGAAUGCAAUAAAACAUCUUAGUGGAGGAACCAGAGAGUUUAGAGAGCAACUAUAACAAAACGAACAUUCAACUAAUUGAUUUGCAUCUAUGUAAUUUAUGCCGCUAUGUAUUAAUAUUUUUUUAAUGAGUGCAUUUUAAUGCCGGCGAGCCUCCUGACUUAUGCAUUUGAUUUUAGUUUGAUUACUGAUAUUAUAAAUAUUAUAGAUGUUAAGUUUUCAUAUUUUUCAGGAUCUUUUUUUCUGUUGGAUAUUUGCAUUCCAUAAAUUUUGACUGCAGCCUGACUUUACGCCCACACUGGAGUUUUCAAGAUUUACCCGUGAUCUAACAUGACGUCGAAGAGAUGGGCAAUGUGUGUGUUGCAUAGGUUAUAACAGGUGCCAGUAUGCACUGCGAAAUGAUAACGUUUAUUACGCGAUUUGUGUAUGAUGGAAAAGAAGCAGACUCAAAUCACCACACAGUAUACGUUAACUCCACGCCGCAUACCUCCUCAAAAUAUUGUGAAUCGUUUGUGUAAACGAGAAACUUUUGGGUGUGUGAAACCUGGCACUCAUUUCCACGUCGCUAGAAAAUUUCAUCAAAACGUGUUCCCGAAUUUCACUAUUAUUAACGUAGAAAAACCACCUUGUUUCCUUAGAAAAUUUAGCCCAGAUGGUCACCAUUUUAUUGCAUUUUCUUCAGAUCAAACUUCUCUGGAAAUAUAUGAAUAUCAAGGGUCCGCUGCUGCAGCUGAUCUUAUUGAAGGUGCCAAAGGAGAAUAUAUUGGAAAUAGAAAUGAUAGACGCAGUGAAACUGUUCGUGGCAAAGUGUUUGAACGAUUUUUCAAGCUUAAGUAUACUGUUAAUGUUGCACAAAGUGGAGAACAGCUCAAUAGGGAAUGUAGCUUGUUCACUGAUGAUGGACGUUAUGUUAUUAUUGGUUCUGCAGCUUACAUUCCAGAUGAAUUACAUCCCCAGUUCUAUGAAAUAUAUACAAACAAUGAAGCGGUGACACCUAAUCCAAGGUCUCCCCUUGAAGAUUAUUCUCUGCAUUUAGUAGAUCUUCAGGCUGGAAGACUUUGUGACACAAGAAAUUUUAAAGCUGAUAAAAUAUUUCUGUCUCAUAACCAAGGACUGUACUUGUAUAAAGACACACUGGCUGUGCUCUCUGUUCAACAUCAAACCAUUCAUAUAUUUCAAGUUGUUGAUGGUCUUCUUUUGAAUGUACAUUGUAUUGGACGCUUUUGCUAUGAAGAUGAUGAAUUUAUUCUUUCUUCUAGUCUUUCUCCUCAGUCCGGGUCCCAUACAUACAGACCAUUCAGUGAGGUUACAAUCAAUUCUUUGAAGCACAGACUUCUUGUUUUUCUAUUUAAUAGAGCCAAGAACAUAUCAGAAAGAACAAAUCAUCCUUUUGAAUUGAGAAAAUUCUAUCAGUAUUUCGAUCAGUUUAAGUCAUUACGUAUGUGGAAGAUGCAGCUAUUAGAUGAAAAUCACUUGCUCAUUAAAUAUGCUAGUGAUGAUGUUGUGACUCUACGAGCAACUGAACCCAACUCCCAACCUUCAUUUUUUGUGGUUUAUAACAUAUUCAGUGCUAAAGUACUUGCUGUGUAUGAAAAUACUUCUGAAGAACUUUUGGAGUUGUUUGAGAAUUGUUGUGAUUUGUUCAGAAAUGCAAAAUUGCAUUCAGAAUCACAGUUCACUUGUUCACCUUCAAACAACAUGUAUGCAAGACUGAUUCAACGACGCUUCAAGCAAACUAUUGUAAGUGCUAGAUUUGGAGGCCCCACAGAAGCUACAAAAAGGCUUUUGGCACAGUUACCCAUUAGUGCCCAAUCGUAUAGUAGUUCUCCGUACCUUGACCUGUCAUUGUUUAGUUAUGAUGACAAAUGGGUCUCUGUUAUGGAACGUCCUAAAGCUUGUGGAGAACAUCCUAUCAGGUUCUAUGCUCGUGAUUCAGGUUUGCUCAAAUUUCGCAUCUAUGCUGGUGUACUUGGGAAAAGUCCACCUCCUUUGGCACGUAGACUUGUUGCUUUCACAUUCCAUCCGACAGACCCUUUUGCAAUAAGUGUCCAGAGAACAAAUGCAGAAUAUGUUGUAAAUUUUCAUGUCAGGCAUGCAUAACAGAAAGGUAACAGUAUUUAUUGAAGUGGAAUUUUUAAUGUUGUAUGCCAGUUCACUGUUGGUAAAUAUUUUUUUACUACUUAAUGGAGCGUAUCCAUCUUGAUAUAUGUGCAAAUUGACCCUAAAGUUCAAGAAGAGAAAAGUCAUAAAUGUUUGUUUCUUGGAGAAUGUAGAUUUGAAUUUUGGAAAGUAUGUUAAUUACGUGAGUCACUCUGGUAGUUAAUCACUCCUGGGUGUUGACAAUAAUUGUUAAAAUAUCAUGUACUGGCUUCCAGAUGUUGUGCUAGUUGUUUUUCUGUUAAUGCUCUUAUUUUCAACGUGUUUGUUAAAUAACAGUACAAGUGUGUGAAAUGCAAUAAAAGUGUGAUACUCAAUGAAAAGUUAUCUUAAUUGUUGAUAAUUUGUGAACUAAGUUUAAGAAAAUUAAAUGAAAAAAUUUGUGUACAAUUAUUAUGUCAGUGUUUUCUGCUCAUGAUUGUAUUAGCUAAUUUGAUGUGAUGAAAAUAAAACAGUUUUUUUUGUUUUACUGUUAAAUAUAAACCUAUCACAUGUAUUAUUGUAUUUUUAGUCAUUAAUUGUGUAGGAACAGUAUCCUUGAUAGUAUUUAAACCAAAGAUGAUCUGUUUCAGAUA